CAACCUCUUCCUCUUUCAUCACUCCGCCCCUCCAGCGCCCGCCCUGGCACGUCUCCAUAAGACCUGCUCUCCUCCGCCACCACACUUGACAUUGACUCCACGGCCACGAUGCCUUCCGUCGCGCCUGCCACCGGCUCUGCUGCCCCCAGCGAGGGCCUGUCUGCCAACGACAACAUCCGCCGCUUCGAGGCUCCCAGCCGUGCCCUGACCCCGCCGCCCUCGCACACGCUGUUCCACCCCAAGACACGAUGCUUCGUCUACGGCCUGCAGCCCCGUGCCGUGCAGGGCAUGCUCGACUUCGACUUCAUCUGCAAGCGCAAGCAGCCCUCGGUCGCCGGCAUCAUCUACACAUUCGGCGGCCAGUUCGUCAGCAAGAUGUACUGGGGCACCAGCGAGACGCUGCUGCCUGUCUACCAGUCGGUCGAGAAGGCCAUGGCCAAGCACAGCGAUGUCGACACCGUCGUCAACUUCGCCUCGUCGCGCUCCGUCUACCAGUCCACCAUGGAGCUGCUCGAGUUCACCCAGAUCAAGUCGAUUGCCAUCAUCGCCGAGGGCGUCCCCGAGCGCCGUGCGCGUGAGAUCCUGCACGUCGCCCAGAAGAAGGGCGUUACCAUCAUCGGCCCUGCCACUGUUGGUGGCAUCAAGCCUGGUGCGUUCAAGAUCGGCAACACGGGCGGCAUGAUGGACAACAUUGUUGCCUCCAAGCUCUACCGCCCCGGCUCCGUCUCCUACGUCUCCAAGUCGGGCGGUAUGUCCAACGAGCUGAACAACAUCAUUGCCAACACCACCGACGGCGUGCUCGAGGGCGUCGCCAUUGGCGGUGACAGGUACCCCGGAACCACCUUCAUCGACCACGCUCUCCGCUACCAGGCCGACCCCGACUGCAAGAUCAUCGUCAUUCUCGGCGAAGUCGGUGGUGUCGAGGAGUACCGCGUCAUUGAGGCCGUCAAGUCUGGCCAGAUCACCAAGCCCAUCGUUGCUUGGGCCAUUGGUACCGUUGCUGGCAUGCUGAAGACCGAGGUCCAGUUCGGUCACGCUGGCUCCUUCGCCAACUCUCAGCUCGAGACUGCCACCACCAAGAACAAGACUAUGCGCGAGGCUGGCAUCUACGUCCCCGAGACCUUCGAGGAGAUGCCCGCCAUCCUUGCCCAGGUCUACCAGAAGCUCGUCAAGGACGGCACAAUCAAGCCCAAGCCCGAGCCCGUAGUCCCCAAGAUCCCCAUCGAUUACUCGUGGGCGCAGGAGCUUGGUCUGAUCCGCAAGCCUGCUGCUUUCAUCUCCACCAUCUCCGACGACCGUGGCCAGGAGCUGCUGUACGCUGGCAUGCCCAUCUCCGACGUUUUCAAAGAGGAGAUUGGCAUUGGUGGUGUCAUGUCCCUUCUUUGGUUCCGCCGCCGCCUGCCCAUCUACGCCAGCCGCUUCCUCGAGAUGGUGCUCAUGCUGACUGCUGAUCACGGCCCGGCUGUGUCUGGUGCCAUGAACACCAUCAUCACCACCCGUGCCGGCAAGGACCUUAUCUCCGCGCUCGUCUCUGGUCUCUUGACCAUUGGUUCGCGAUUCGGCGGUGCCCUUGACGGCGCCGCUGAGGAGUUCAGCAAGGCCUUCGACAAGGGUCUUAGCCCCCGUGACUUCGUCGACACCAUGAGGAAAGAGAACAAGCUUAUCCCCGGUAUCGGCCACAGGAUCAAGUCUCGCAACAACCCCGAUCUGCGCGUCGAGCUCGUCAAGGAGUACGUCAAGAAGAACUUCCCCAGCACGAAGCUGCUCGACUACGCCCUUGCCGUUGAGAGCGUCACAACAUCCAAGAAGGACAACCUGAUCCUCAACGUCGACGGCUGCAUUGCUGUCUGCUUCGUUGAUCUCGUCCGCAGCAGUGGCUCCUUCACCCCCGAGGAGGCCGAGGACUACCUCAAGAUGGGUGUCCUCAAUGGCCUGUUCGUGCUCGGUCGCUCGAUCGGUCUGAUUGCCCAUUUCCUCGACCAGAAGAGGCUGAGGACCGGUCUCUACAGGCACCCCUGGGACGACAUCACCUACCUCCUGCCCUCUCUGCAGGGCGGAGCGCCGGGUGCCGAGGGUCGUGUCGAGGUCAGCUUGUAGUUUCACGCAACGAAAAAGGAAGAUUACAUGCAGUUCGGUCGCUUGAUGUUUGACCCGAACCGGCGUUCUCAGCGCGUAGACAGAUUCAUUACACAGAAUUGUGGGAUUUGUAGCAAUAUCCGCUAGCUGUGGGCGGAGAUAGAAUAUUUUAAUGCCAUACGACGACUACGUACGCAUUGCUCUCUUGUGCUCCCUGCUCUCAUGCCGGCGUGACUGCGGUGCUGUGCUGCUUCCCAAUCGGGUCUGCGAUGCGAGAAGCACUACCAUGCGUUUGCGCGUCAGGCACGACCCAGCCCCGCAAGUUUCCAGCGCUGCUAUCGCUGUUAUCGAUACCACGUGUCACGUGCACCUUAUAACCCCCGAGCCUGCUGUGCCCAUACUGUACCUAUUCCCCGAACCAGCAACAUAUCUCCCGAACCUCCUAC